AUGUCAAGGUUGGACCUUGAUGUUGAGCGUGCUGUUCGUAAGGCAUGUUCGUAUGAAGAAACUGCUCCCAAACGUAAACAUGUUCGUGCUUGUAUCGUUUAUACGUGGGAUCAGAAAUCUUCUAGAGCUAUAUUUAAUGCUUUCAAAGUUCAACCUUUGGCCCAAGACGAUAUUUCUUUGUUUAAGGCUUUGAUCACAAUUCACAAGAUCUUACAAGAAGGACAUCCUUCAGCUAUUGUGGAAGGUAUCAAAAAUCGGGAUUGGAUCGAAAGCUUAGGACGUAUUUAUGAUGAUCGGGGUGGUAAUGUGUACGGACGAUUGAUAAAUGAGUACGUUGGGUUUUUGUUGGAAAAAUUGAAUUUCCACAGACUUCAUGCUGGUUUUAAUGGUACAUUCGAGUAUGAAGAGUAUAUGUCUCUUGUUACUACUUCAAAUCCUGAUGAAGGCUAUGAAUCAAUUCUCGACAUGAUGGAUCUUCAGGAUAGACUUGAUAGGUUUGGAAGAAUUGUAUUUUCUAGUAUCUCCAGCGGAAGAAGAAAUGAAUGUCGGAUAUCGGCUUUGGUUCCGUUGGUAUCGGAAUCAUAUGGAAUAUACAAAUUCAUAAUGUCGAUGAUCAGGGCAAUGCAUAGUCAAACCGGAGAGGAUGGAGCCCUUGAACCUCUUUACAGUCGAUUUUGUGAAGAACACGCUCGAUUGUUUGAAUUUUACGCGGAUUGUUCAGCUAUAAAGUACCUGACUGGAUUGAUUAGAAUACCUAAACUUCCCAGUACGCCGCCCUCUAUUCAGGGAAAUGACGAAGAUGUUAAGAUAAGUCGACCUUCUACGAGAUUAUCCAAUGUUGGUAGUGAAAGCAGUGCUCACAGUUCGAAAGUGAAUUUGAGCGUGGGGAGAUCAGCCAGUCAGCUUGGACCAUACAACACUGGUGGUAACGGCGUGGCACCAGGCUCUCACUUUUCAAGGUCGAAUAGUUCAGUGUAUGUUGAUAAUAAGGGCGUUCAGGGCCAAUUGCUGGCUGAAAGAGAGAAGAUGGCCGAUCUAAGACGGCAACAAGAACUUAUUGAACUGCAACAACAGAAACAACAAAGAGAAGCAGAAGAACAAAGACUGGCCUUGGAACAAGAAUCCCAGAGACAGCACUUAUUGCAGGAACAACAGUAUCAAUUGGAAGCGGAACGGCAGCAACAAAUUGCUCUUCAGCAACAAGAGCAGGCUAUAUUUGAACAGCGGAUGAGGGAAGAACAACAGGCACAAUAUGAAAGAGUUGCUCAGAACGCCCAAUGGCAAAAUGAUCUUAAUGCGUUGAGAGAUCAACAUGACAGAGACCAAGUAAUGUUGCAACAGUACGAUGGAAGAGUAGCCGCAUUGGAAAAAGAAUUGGAGAGUUUAAAUAUGAAUGUGGAAAGUCAGUACCGAAACCAUGAAGAACAGUUAAGGACAUCAGAAGAAUGGAAGGAAAAAUAUGAAGGUUUGGCCAGUCUUUAUUCUCAAUUAAGACAAGAGCACUUGGCGGUUUUGAAGAAGCUAAAAAAGUCGCAACAGAUAGAGAGCAGUGCUAGGGAAGCCGUAGCCAGAUAUGAAGCUGCAGACACUGUAGGGAUGAGCGUGACUAGAGUAGAAACAGUAAGUGGUAUGCUUCUGAUGGCUGCUGCAAACAGCGUAAAGCUUUCACUUUCGGAUGCUGCAACCAAUUUGGCAAAUGAUUUCAAUAACCUCGUACUAGGAGGGGAACUGCAGCCGUUUACAAAUAGUUUGAUGGCUUUUGUCAGAGCUUCGGGGAGUAACGAUUUUUUGUUGGCUCUGAAAAACAUGAAGGGCGAUCCGGAGGAGGUGGUGGAGAAAGUGAUAGAAUUGAAUGUGGCUUAUCAAUCACAGCUCUAG